GCGAUUUAUAGAUAUUUAUCAUAUCUAUCAGUUUAAACUUAUUUAGUAUCAUAUCUACCAAUUUGAACUUGUUUAGUUCAUUGGAUUUUUUAUUAUUGGUUUGUCGUUUUGGGUACAGCUAAACGACAACUAUGAGUUUGAACUUCGAAAAAUUAUUAUUGACAGAGAGGAUCUCGACCUAAAUGAGUAUAAAGAAGAUUUUCGUCUUGCAUUAUCUGUAGGACUUUUAUUUAUGUUUGGUUUUGGCUUGGCAAUAGCAAUAGUUGGUAUUAUUGGUUCAGUUGGAACGUUACUGAGACGGCGAUUUAUCACUGGAUUUUAUGUCUCACUACUCAUAUCGAUCAUACUUGUUGACUUUGCUGCUGCAAUAUUUUUAUUGUCAAAUAAGCAGGGUAUAAAAGAAACUGUAUUAGAAUAUCUUGAACUAGCUUCAAAAAAAUUUGAUAUGCCUGACUUUGUCAUUAUUCGACAACAGUUCAACUGUUGUGGUAUAGAUGGAGAACAAAAUUUAGAAUGUUUCCCAGACUCGGUUCUAAUAUAUGAGUUCAAAGCUCAGAACUAUUCUCUUAAUUAUAAGCCUUAUCGCUUUGGCAAUAAGCCAGAAGUAAGUAAAUAG